AUGGAGCAGCUGCUGCGCGCCGAGCUGCGCACCGCGAGCCUGCGGGCCUUCGGGAGCCCCGGCGCCGGCUGCAUCAGCGAGGGGCGCGCCUACGACACGGACGCGGGCCCGGUGUUCGUCAAGGUCAACCGCCGGACGCAGGCCCGGCAGAUGUUCGAGGGUGAGAUGGCAAGCCUGGAAGCCCUCCAGAGCACAGGCCUGGUGCGGGUGCCUCGGCCCAUCAAGGUGAUUGACCUGCCUGGAGGUGGGGCUGCCUUCGUGAUGGAGCAUCUGAAGAUGAGGGGCUUGAGCAGUCAGGCGGCCAGACUGGGGGAGCAGCUGGCGGACCUGCACCUUCACAACCAGAAGCUUGGGGAGAAGUCGAAGGAGGAGAGCACAGUGGGCCGCAGGGCUGAGGGAGCCGAGCCCCGGCACGUGACCAAGUUUGGCUUCCACAGGGUGACGUGCUGCGGCUUCAUCCCGCAGGUGAACGAGUGGCAGGAGGACUGGCCAACCUUCUUUGCUCGGCACCGUCUCCAGGCGCAGUUGGAUCUCAUCGAAAAGGACUAUGCUGACCGAGAGGCACGAGAACUCUGGUCACAGCUACAGGUGAAGAUCCCAGAUCUGUUUCAUGGUCUAGAGAUCGUCCCCGCCCUUCUUCAUGGAGAUCUCUGGUCGGGAAACGUGGCUGAGGAUGACUCGGGGCCCAUUGUUUAUGACCCAGCUUCCUUCUAUGGACAUUCUGAGUUUGAACUGGCAAUUGCUUUGAUGUUUGGGGGGUUUCCCAGGUCCUUCUUCACGGCCUACCACCGGAAGAUCCCCAAGGCUCCGGGGUUCGACAAGCGGCUGCUGCUGUACCAGCUCUUUAACUACCUAAACCACUGGAACCACUUUGGGCAGGGGUACAGGAGCCCGUCCCUGGGCACCAUGCGGAAGCUUCUGCAGUAGUCCCCAACCUGUACCCCUGUCGCCUUGCUUUGCAGAUGAGGGAGGGUGGCAGCACCAGAGAU